CGAGUUUAUCAAUUCGUUUUUUUUCCAUGGUAUAAUUGUAUAAAAGAGAGCCUCAUAUGACCAAAAAACAAAAAAAAAUGUGAAUACCAUGAAUUCUAUCUUGAUCAUUUUGAUCCCAAACUGCGCGUUUUAUGUUUAAGCGGGAAUGCCAAAAUUUGAAGCACUUUGGGGGCAGUAGAGAGAGAGAGGGGGGGGAUUGCCUAGACGCAGCGACCCCCAAAGUUCCGACCAAAUCAACCAUGGAAGAAGCCAUAUAUCGAAUAGUCUCAGAUGUAGAAAACCACCAUUCUCUGGCCGACCUGAGCUCGCAAACACCCAUCUCCGAAUCAACCCUCUUAGCUCUCCAAACCCUCUUAGACUACACUCUCAACAGCAACGACCCACUUGACAUUGACCGUCUCUACGAUCAACUCUCAUCAAAGAACCUCUCGCCGUCGUCACUCGUCCGUCCAAUCACAGCGGCAAUGGACUCCGGCCCCACCCACCUCUCUGUCUUGGCCUCAAAAGUCUAUCUCUCUCUACUUCUCUCCCCAAACGCACCUGUUUUCACACUUUUCACUCCCAUGGCUUUUCUCUCUCUGCUUCGCUCCGUCCGCAGGUCUCUCAAGAACCCAAAUUCGGGAUCGCUGCCUCCUCCUUCGGCUGAAAAUCGGACCCGGAAGAAGAAGGGCGGUGGUCGUGCAGGGCCUUCACGGAAUCGGUGUAGAAACGAUGAGAAUGAUGGAGAUGAGAACGAAGGGAGACCAUUUGAUGUUAGAGAAUUGUCCCCUCUUCUCGAAAGGUUAGAACUUGUUCUGGGUUUGAUUCAUUUGGAUCGAUUUUUGGAUAGUUUGAAGUCUUUGAUUCAAACUGUGGCUGAAAUUCCUGUAAUGGCACUUGAAUUGUGUGGGAAUUCAGGGAUUUAUACAAAGCUUUGUGAUUUGUGUUUGCGAAUUUUAAGCGAACUCCUAAGACCCGAGCAUGGCGAUCAGGCAAUUACUGCAGCUGAGGUGUUGAAGUUACUGUCUCCUUUGAUUCUUAUGCUUAAAUCGCAGGCACGGACAUUUGCAUUGGGGUUUGUAGUGAAUCGAAUGAUGGGAAUGGCUAAGGAUUCUGAUGAAAUCAAGAAGGCAAUUGUGAAUCUUCCCAAGUAUUUAGUCCAAAAGGCACCGGAGAGGUCUGAGCCUCGGGCUGCAGCUGUGGAAUCGAUAAUGGAGAUUGUUCGAGCUAUGGAAUUCGAGGAUCAAGUUGUGUUUGCUGAUUAUGUAGUGAAGAUGGCCCAAGGUAAGGCUCACCUUAGGCUCUUGGCUGUUGAUCUUAUUUCAAUGUUAAUGAUGUCAUUGAGAGAUCCAUUGGGUCUGGGGGUGAAUUCAGAGAAUGGGGUUGAGAAUUCUUGGGGCCUGGGGUGUUUGGAGGCUUUGAUUCAGCGAUGUUCGGAUGCAACUGCUGGGAUUCGAGCUCGGGCUCUGACAAAUCUGGCACAGUUGGUGGGGUUCUUAUCAGCCGAUGAUAGGAGUAGGGCAGUGUUGAAGGAAGUAAUAGGGUUUGGUGAUGAGGGGUGUAGUAGGCAAGAAGGUGGGAUGAAAGAUCUUUUAAGGAAGAGGUGUACGGAUGAGAAGGCAGCGGUGAGAAAGGCUGCACUUCUUCUGAUUUCCAAGUUAACAGCUCUUUUAGGUGGUGCCUUCGACACAGUCGUGCUGAAGACAAUGGGCAUGGCAUGUUCGGAUCCACUUGUUAGCAUAAGGAAAGCGGCAAUUUCAGCUCUCUCAGAGGUCUUUAGGACAUUUUCAGAUGAAUUUGUGACUAAGGAGUGGCUACAUUCUGUUCCACGUUUAAUAACUGAUAAUGAAUCUAGCAUUCAAGAAGACUGUCAGAAUUUGUUUCUUGAACUGGUAUUGGACAGGGUGUCUAGAGCUGGAUCUACUAAUUCUCUGCAUAGAGAAACCAGUUAUGAUCCAAAUAACACGAAAAAAAGUUUCGAAAGGGAGUUUGAGUUGUUAUAUCCCAAUGGUGUUUUGGGUCUAUUGAAAGAGAUCUGUAAUGGGGAGGUGAUACCUUGGGUGAAGAAGAUCUGCUCAAACCUAGGAAAGAAGAAACUGCUCAAGCCAAAAAUUGCUAUUGCACUUCAGAAUAUUAUAAGGACAUCCGAGUCUAUGUGGUUGAGCUAUUCCAUGCCAAUAGAGAAGUGGACAGCCCCUCCUGGUGCUUGGUUUCUUCUGUCAGAGGUCUCAGCAUUCCUUUCAAAAGCAGUAGACUGGGAGUUCCUCCACCACCAUUGGCAACUCCUUGACAAGUUUGGACUGGGGCCUGAACUUAAGAGCCCUCUUAGACAAGGAGGUGUGGAUGAAGAGAUAUUGGGCUUAGACUCGAAUUCAGUUUCUUGGGCUGGAGACCGAGUCUUCCUCUUACAAACAAUCUCUAAUGUUUCUGUGGAGCUGCCUCCUGAGCCUGCAGCAGAUUUAGCUCAUAACUUGCUCAAACGAAUUGAAGAGUUCAACAUGCAUUCAACAGAGGUUAAUGCUCAUGUAAAAGCACUCAGAACAUUGUGCAAGCGGAAGGCUAUGAAUCCGGAGGAGGCUGAUGGCCUUGUUAUGAAAUGGGUACAACAACUCCUCUCUAAAGCUUCACAAAUUCUAGAAAUGUAUAUGUCAAAGGAAUUAGAAGCAAAUAAAGACAGUAGCUUUCUUACACCGCCUAGAAGUGGGACAAGGAAGGGCAAGAGAGCAUCAACUGCCAUGUCCAAAUUAUUAUCACGAGCAAUUACUGCAGUUUACACUAUUGGGUCUUUGGUCAUUGUUUGUCCGUCAGCUGAUUUAAAAGCCACGAUUCCACUUUUACACACCAUUAUUACUUCGGAGAGUUCUGACCUGAAAGAUAAUAAAUUACCGGGCCCUGCAGUUUCUAUAAAGCAGAUGGCCCCUUCCUUGUACAUUCAUGCUUGGCUAACAAUGGGGAAGAUCUGCCUUGCAGAUGGGAAACUUGCAAAGCGUUAUAUUCCUCUGUUUGUGCGGGAGCUUGAAAAGACUGACUGUGCAUCCCUUCGCAAUAAUAUUGUGGUGGUGAUGGCAGAUUUUUGUGUACGGUAUACAGCUCUAGUUGAUUGCUACAUAUCAAAGAUCACCAAGUGCCUCCGUGAUCCAUGUGAACUUGUCAGAAGGCAGACAUUUAUAUUGCUCUCAAGAUUAUUACAGAGGGACUACGUGAAAUGGAGAGGAGUGCUUUUCCUUCGGUUUUUAUUCUCUCUUGUUGACGAAUCAGAAAAAAUAAGAGAACUAGCUGAUUACCUCUUUGGCAAUAUAUUAAAAGCAAAGGCACCACUUCUAGCUUAUAAUAGUUUUGUGGAAGCCAUUUUCGUUCUAAAUGAUUGCAAUGCCCAUACUGGAAAUGGUAAUUCUCGGAGCUCACGAACUGAGAGCCGAAUUUUCUCUAUUAGAGGUAGUGAUGAAAAUUCGAGGUCUAAAAGAAUGCACAUCUACAUUUCAUUGCUGAAACAAAUGGCUCCGGAGCACCUUUUAGCCACUUUUGCAAAGGUAUGUGCGGAGAUCCUGGCGUCUGCAUCUGAUGGUCUGUUGAAUAUACAAGAUGCUACUGGACAGUCAGUUCUGCAGGAUUCUUUCCAUAUUCUUGCUUGCAAAGAGAUCCGAAUUCCAACCAACCGUGGAUCAUCAUCUGACAUGGCAGAGAUGGAUGAAGAAGGUGGAGAUGCAUCUGCUGCUGCUAGAGGAAGAGUUAUAACUCAAGCAGUCAAAAAGGGCCUCAUCCAAAACACCAUCCCCAUAUUCAUAGAGCUGAAACGUCUCUUGGAGAGCAAGAACAGCCCUUUAAUUGGUUCCCUCAUGGAAUGCCUCCGAAUCAUUCUCAAGGACUACAAGAAUGAGAUUGAUGACAUAUUGGUUGCCGAUAAGCAACUUCAGAAGGAGCUCAUUUACGACAUGCAAAAGUACGAAUCAAUGAAGGCCAAAUCAACAGUUGCUGAAGCUGUUGCAACUGUGCAAAGAUCAAACACAUUCCAUUCACCUGGAAUCCCUAAGGUUUCAAAUGGAGCAAGCAUACAGAAUAAGAUCCCCGAGAAGUUAAGAAGUAAUAAAAAAGUGGCAUCAGCCGUGGCAGAUGCAGUAGCUGCAGUUACAGCUAGGUCCGUGCUGAGGGAAGUGAAUCAAGGUGAAUCAACACCGCCACUCAGUGCCAUGAGUGUGCCGAAGCUCAAGUCUUCCGUUGGAGGAAUGGUUUCUCAAGGAGAUCGGCCUGCAGCUGUGUUGGAAUCUGUAAGAAGAAGACAAGCUUUUGAUUCUGAUGAAGAGAACUGAUUGCUCGUCUAAUACAUUUAUCCACCUUUGAGUCCUAGAAAUUGAAGAAAGGCUUUUGAGGCUGUAGUGUAUACAAGAAAUUCUCUGUUCAAUGUUUAAUUUUUCUGGGAGGAAGAAAGAAUAUGUGAAAUAAGUACAAGUGAGAUGUAUGUUACAACUAGAAGCUGUUUCUUCUGGAUUAUUUGUAGAUAUAUGUAUGUGUGCAUAUUUGUAGUGC